GUCCUUUGUGCAAUUUCAUCCGGAAGAAACAUAGUCAACCAGAAGGACGAAACAAAACAACACAUUGACCAAACUCAGCAGCAAGCCGACUCAGACACGUUCAGUUUUUUCAUUUUAUUUUAUUUUAUCCUCCGAGUUACCUCGCCUUUCCAUGCUACUGACUCGGGUGUCGCCAGUGUACCAGACGCUGGCGAGAUGGGGACGGAGGUCACAGCGGGGAGGUGGCCUCCUUCUCAGCCGCGCGGUCGGCUGCAGCUCCAGCCGCUGUCAUGGUGUCAGUCCCGGGGAAGGCAGCGCUCAGCCCGCAGAGGCUGGUUCCGCUAUGUACCGGGAUACAGUGCUACUUCCUCGGACUGAGUUUCCCAUGAAACUGACCGGACAAAAGCUGCUGGACCGAGAACUUCAGAUCCAGCAGGAAUGUGGUUUUGCAGAGUUGUAUUCAUGGCAGAGAGAAAGGAAAGCCACAAAAAAGUUCUGCCUUCAUGACGGACCACCUUAUGCAAACGGGGACCCUCACGUUGGACAUGCACUCAACAAAAUCCUGAAAGACAUCCGUAACCGUUUUGAGAUGCUAAGAGGAUGUCAGGUCCACUACAUCCCCGGCUGGGACUGCCACGGCCUGCCCAUAGAGCUCAAAGCUUUGGGAGAACUAGGCACCAGUGGGCUCAGUCCACUGGAGAUAAGACAGAAAGCCCGGGAGUUCGCUGAAGGGGCGAUAGCUCGGCAGAAAGCCGCCUUCCAGCGCUGGGGGGUGAUGGCUGAUUGGGAGCAGUGCUACUACACGUUUGACGGAGCUUAUGAGGCUGCUCAGUUAAAGGUCUUCCAGGAGAUGCAUGGCAAGGGUCUGGUAUAUCAGGACUACAAACCCAUCUUCUGGUCUCCUUCAUCCAGAACGGCCCUGGCUGAGGCUGAGCUGGAAUACAACCCUGAGCAUGUGAGCAGAGCCAUCUACGCCACCUUCCCUCUGGCGACGCUGCCACCAAAGAUUUCUUCAGAGGACGGUCUGGAGAAUGUUUCGGUGUUGGUUUGGACCACCCAGCCUUGGACCAUCCCCGCCAACCAGGCUGUGUGCUACAUGCCCAACGCCCAGUACUCUGUGGUGAAGAGGGCCGACUCUUCUCAGCUGCUGCUGCUGGCGACUGAACGCACAGCGAGCCUCGCCGCGCUGCUGGGCACAGAGCUGCAGACUGUUGCCACCUUCACAGGUUCGCAACUUGAAGGUGGAAUCUGCAAACAUCCUACCAUUCCUGACAAGCAAGUCCCGUUGUUGCCAGCCAGCCAUGUGACAAUGGGGAAAGGGACGGGAUUGGUCCACACUGCACCUGCUCACGGCAUGGACGACUACAGCGUAGCAUCACAGUUUAAACUGCCUGUGGAGUGUAUGGUGGAUGAAGAUGGCAGGUUCACAGACGUGGCAGGACCCAAGCUGCAGAACCUCUUGGUGAUGACUGAAGGAACUGAUGCAGUGAUUUCCAUGCUGAACGAGAGCGGCGCUCUGGUUCUGGAGGAGCAGUGCGUCCACAGUUACCUGUAUGACUGGCGGACGAAGCAGCCUGUGGUCAUCAGGCCCAGUAAACAGUGGUUCAUCAACACUGCAUCACUGAAAGACAAGGCAAAGGAGGCACUGCAGAAGGUUCGCGUUCUGCCGGAGUCGGCGAGAGGCAGCCUGCUGACCAUGCUGGACAGACGGACGUACUGGUGCAUCUCCAGGCAGCGGAGCUGGGGCGUCCCAAUCCCAGUCUUCUACCAUAAAGAGAGCGGGGAACCUCUCAUUAACAAAUACACAAUCGCCCACAUAGCGAAGCUCUUCAAAGAAAACGGCAGCGACUGUUGGUGGGAGCUUCCCAUCGAGGCUCUGCUGCCCCCAGAGGUUCUCAAGAAGAGUAAAGCAGGACCGGUGAGCGACUACGUUCGAGGAGAGGAUGUUCUGGACAUCUGGUUUGACAGUGGAGCUUCAUGGGCAGCUGUGCUGGAAGAAGAGAUGGAGGAAGCGUCCGAGGAGCCUGAAUCCCGUCUCAGCCGGCUCGCCGGCUCGCUUCGCAAACCUCUAGCCACAGAAUCGGACCCCAGAGCAGAUGCAUAUGUGGAGGGGAAGGACCAGCUUGGAGGCUGGUUCCAGUCCUCGCUGCUCACCAGCGUAGCCGUCAGGAACAAAGCGCCCUAUAAAGCUCUGGUGGUCCAUGGCUUUGCAGUCAGUGAGAAAGGAGAAAAGAUGUCCAAAUCUCUGGGGAACGUUGUGGAUCCUGAUGAAAUCAUUAAUGGAAAGGAGGACGGCAGCGUACCGGCGUACGGGGCAGAUGUUCUGCGCUGGUGGGUCGCAGAAUCAAACGUCUUCUCCGAGGUCCAGAUUGGACCCAGCGCCCUUAACUCAGCCCUCGACAGCAUCAGCAAGUUGAGGAACUCGCUCAGGUUUCUGCUCAGCAACCUGCAGGGCUUCGACCAACGCACGCAAGCCGUCGAACCCCAACAGAUGUACUAUAUUGAUCAGUACAUGCUGCACCUGCUGCGCGAGUACAGCAUGAAGGUUACAGACGCCUACAGUGAGUUUGAUGCCGGCAGAGUGAUCCGUAUCCUCCAAGCCUUCAUCUCCAGAGACUUGUCCAGUUUUUACUUCAGCGUCAUAAAGGACAGGCUGUACUGCAGUCGGGAGGACUCGUUGGGCAGGCGAUCGUGUCAGACUGCUUUAGAGGAAAUUCUGGAUGGCGUGACUCGAUCUGUUGCUCCUAUCCUGCCUCACCUAGCAGAAGAGGUCUACCUGCACGCUCCAGGACACGACAAAGCGGAGACGUUAUUCAGAAGCGGGUGGAUCAAAAGCAGCUCCGUGUGGCGGCGCCCGGGUCUGGAGGAGGCUGUGGAAGGAGCCUGCGCCAUUCGGGACUCCUUCCUGUCUUUGAUUCCUGGUAAACAUGCCAGCAAGUAUGAUCUGACGAUUGCCAUCGAACCGGGACUCCUGUUUGAGCUCAUGGAGUCUCUCCAGGAAGAGCCCACCUCCAGCGACUCCCAGCUGGCCGAGCUGAUGAUGGCAGCGCGAGUCAACCUGACCAGCAAACUGCCCCGCGACCUGCAUCCCGACGCCCUGCUGAGCCACGGCACCUUCCUCAUCAACCUGGAAGGUGGCGUUAUUCGUGAGGACAGCCCCUACAGCAUCGCCGUGAUGCCCACCUCUGCGGCGCGCUGCCCGCGAUGCCGCCGCUACACCUCAGAGUCCGCAGACUGUCUGUGUCCGCGGUGCCAGGCGGUCGUCUCGCAUGCCGGCUGACACGUUUGUUACCAGGACAACCUACGCAUGUCAGGAUCAAGAAGUUGCUUUACACUCCCAGUGGGAACUGUCGCUCUGGCCGUUUAUAAAAACUUCGACUUCAGACCUUCAGUAAAGGUUUUAUAUUAAACAAACCAUCAUAGCAGAUGUAGAAUAAUCCAAAGUCUCAAGCUGUAGCUAUUCAAUGUGCUCAUGUUUCCUCAGUGAACUCAAACCAAAAGUACUGAAGUCUACUGUAAAUAGUUGGAAGAUAAAAAGGACGAGAUAUGAGCGAAGAAGGGAUGCUCUCGUUUAAAUGUGUUGAUGCUAAAUAUUUCACUACAAGUGUCACUAUGUGACUAAAGUAGGAAUGUGUACUGGAGAGUAGAUAGCAUGGGGGGAGUUCCUGUAUAAAUCCACUUUUGUAUAAUAAAAUCAGAUCCUUCUUUCGCACUAC